UUGGAUGGGAAAAAAGCAGUUCCAUGGGUCAUUCUAUCUAGAGGAGAUGGCAAUGAAGAAGGAUUCUUCAAGGGAGAAUGGUUAACAAUUAAGGACGGCUAUUUAUACUGUGGCAGCCAUGGAAGGGAGUAUACCACUCCAGAGGGAGAAUACUUGAACGACACUCCGAUUCGCUUUUUCCAGAGAAUCUCUCCCGAAGGCGCUGUUCAUACCGAAAAUUGGGUUCAGCGUUACGUUAUGCUCAGAGGAGCAAUAGGUAUUCAUUUUCCAGGAUAUGUGGUCCACGAGGCUGUGCAAUGGUCUGACAAACAUAAUGUAAGCUGA